AUGAUUCAUCAUCAUUCUUAUCCUAGUGUUUCUACUUUGAUUAUCAUUCUUUUUCUUUCAAGUCUUCAACUUAUUCAAUCGAAUUCUAUCUCUAAUGAAUGCUUGGACUAUUGUUCAAAUGAUGGCCUUUGUAUCGAAACCAAUAAUGGUCUACAGUGCAUUUGUUUACCUGAAUGGACGGGACACCGCUGUGAUUCUCCUCGAGAUUCUUCGUUAACCAAGCAAAUGUAUAAUUCACAGGUUGACAUGACAUUUGUUCGUAGCAAUCCUUGCGAUUCGGCUCCAGCAGGUUACUGCAAAAAUACCGGAAUUUGUUUUGUAGAAGGUGUUGCAUUUAAGUGCUUUUGUCCAUAUCCAUAUACUGGGGAGUACUGUGAAGAUUUAUCAGAUUGCUUUGACUAUUGUUUGAACAAUGGCAUUUGCAAAUUAGAGAGUAACACCCCAAAAUGUGUGUGCUCGCUCCCUUGGACAGGUAAUCGUUGUCAGAAAUUAGAAGCAACGACGACUGUCGCUACUCAAUCAACACCAUCUACAACAAAUAUACCAUGUACUUAUGUACCACCAGGUUAUUGCAAUUCUGGAACCUGUAUUGCAGUUAAUAAUCAAGCACGUUGUCAGUGUCCACCAGAAUUUUUGGGCCUCCAAUGCGAAAUACCUAGAGGAGCAACACCAUCUCAAACACCAUCGACAGUGACGUUGUCAACAUUUACAACGCCAACAUUUACAACGCCAACAUCGACAAUGACAACACCAACAACGCGCAUAACAUGCACUCCAAAUCCAUGUCGAAAUAAUCGUCCUUGCUACAACAAUGGAAACUCAUAUUUUUGCUACUGUGGUCAACAAUAUACUGGAAAAAAUUGCGAAAAUUUGAUUAAAUAA